AUGGCCUUCGUGAGAGAAGAUCUCCUUGACAGAUCAAUGAUGGCUCUUCUGGAAGUUUUACCAGAAGAGUUGAAACCCGUCCACACUUACUUCGAGCUUACGUAUGUGGGUCGCAUACUCAGCGUUCGCCUAGAUGGGUCAGUCAUCAGGGACAAUCCGCUCUUCAGCUCCGAUGUGUGGUCGGUCCAUGAAAAGACUCUGAACGGUGAGAGCCGCACCAACAACUUCGCCGGAGCUGCUCAUCGAAAACUCCAGGAGGCUUUCGGCGUCUGUCAUCCUUCCGUCUGGAAGUUCAUCGAUGGUCUCCGGCAUGUGCAGCACAUGGCAGACGCCGAGCUCGAGCGAUACAAUGUAGGAUCUGCGCCGGCUCCAAAAAGACGCAGAUAUCUGAAUCGAGAGCCGGUGGCCUUUCUGCGAGGGAUCGCAAACAAUUUCCUCAUGGAAAACUAG